AUGUGUGGAGGAAGUUCAGGCAGGGAGGUGCGUGCAGAAGGCCUUGGGAGAAGCACCUUUGGUGAACAAGGGGCUGGACAGGGCUUCGGGCAGCCUGGCAUCAGCAGAGGCAUUGAGGAGGUCCAUGUCAACACCAACCUGCUGAGGCCAAUACAAGUACAAGUCGACCCCGAGUUCCAGAGAGUGCGGUCAGAUGAGAAAGAGCAGAUUAAGGCUCUCAACAACAAAUUUGCAUCAUUCAUCGAUAAGGUGCAAUGCCUUGAGCGGCAGAACCAGGCUCUGAUGGCCAAAUGGGAACUUCUGCAGCAGCAAAGUGCCCGACCAGAAGAGAGCAGAAAUAUCACCUCUUUCUUCCAAUCUUACAUCAGCAACCUGCAGAGGCAGCUAGAAACGCUCCAGAACCAGAAGGAGCAGCUGGAUCCGGAGGCAUAUAACAUGCUUUAUCUUGUAGAAGAUUAUAAAAAAAGAUUCGAGGAUGAGAUCAACAAGCGUGCAUCGAAAGAAGAGGAGUUUGUGGAGCUCAAAAAGGAGCUGGACAGUGCCUACAUGGGAAAAAUGGAGUUUGAUGUUCGGGUGGAAAUACUGAAACAGGAGCUUGAGUUCCUCAGAUGCUUACAUGAAGCGGAGCUGUCCCAGCUGCAAACGGUAGUUGGCAACACCAAUGUCGUUCUGUCCAUGGACAACCACAGAGAGCUGAACAUGGAUGGCAUCAUUGAAGAAGUCAGGCAGGAGUAUGAGGCAAUUGCUCAGAGAAGCAAAGCUGAAGUAGAUGCCAUGUAUCGUGGCAGGUACCAGGACCUUCAGGACAUGUGGGUAAACCAGUGUGAGCAACUGAGGAACAGUUACCAGGAGAUCCAGGAGCUUACCAGGCAGAUCCAAAGGCUGCAACCAGAAGUUGAAAUUGCAAGGAAGAAGAAUUCCAACCUCCAAGAAACCAUUAAAGAUGCUGAGCAGCGUGGGAGCUCUGCCGUCAGAGAUGGCCAGCAAAAGCUUCAGGAGUUGGAGAACGCCCUGCAGCAGGCCAAAGAUGACCUUGCUCGCCUUCUUCAUGAUUAUCAGGAGCUCCUGAACGUGAAAUUGGCCCUGGAUAUUGAAAUUGCCAUGUAUAGAUCACUCCUUGAGGAGGAGGAGACCAGGUAG